UUUUUAUAUUCGCCCUGUAAAGUUAAAAAGAACUGCAGCUGUUAAAAACAUGUCUCGAGACACAUGCGUUCUCUUCUCUUUCAGCGCAGAGACGUGUUCGAUGUAAACGCCCCCCUAGACAUCAUUUUUGGGCAUCAAGGGUACUUUGUCCAAAAUGUCGCGUUCUGUCUUGGAACUCGUCUAUAUUGCCGAAUAUGCUGCCUAGGUUGGCUCACGAGGUUUUUAAUAUUUCUAAUGUACACUACUACUGUAAACAGAUAUGCGCUGCCGAUGUCUGGGAGGAGGGACCGCUUAUGGUUUAGUCAUAGUGUAAAUCGUCAAAUAAGCAGAUGUUUCCUAUGGCUGUGUUGUCUUCGACUAUCGUCACAUGCGACAGUAUCGUUUAAUGGGACUGUGAAAGAUGGCAGCAAAGGAGGAUCUUUACUCUAAGAUUAUUCCGCGCAGACUUCGACAGAACAGUUGUGUCACUGUCAAACAUGGGUCCAAUCUGGACGUGCUGCUGUCGAUGGGAUUUCCUCAGCACAGAGCAUUAAAAGCUCUGGCAGCAACUGGAGGCAGAAGUGUUCAGCUAGCGUGCGACUGGCUUUUCUCCCAUUUGGAUGACCCUUUCCUUGACGACCCUUUACCUAGAGAGUAUGUGCUGUAUCUGCGCCCCAGUGGUCCUUUACAAAACCAACUUUCCCAUUUCUGGCAUCAGUCUCGCUUGACCUGUGGCAAGAACAAAGCUCACAAUAUCUUUCCACAUAUCACACUUUGCCAGUUCUUUAUGUGUCCAGACAAUAAAGUGGUGGCUCUGUGUGAAGCUCUGCAGUCAGCUGUGAAUCAGUGGAGAGGACGAUUUCCCAGCCCUCUGCCCCUGGAGCUCUAUACCUCCACCAACUUCAUAGGCCUCUUUGUGGAGGAACAGGUGGCAGAGACGCUGAAAAAGUUUGCGGCUGACUUUGCGGUGGAGGCUGCCACUAAAGCUGAUGUUCAUGUGGAACCCCAUAAAAAGCAGCUUCAUUUGACUCUAGCCUAUCACUUUCCAACCAAUCAUUUUUCUUCCUUGGACAAGUUGGCAAAAGGGAUUGAUGUCCAAUUAGGAUGUGAUUGGCUUGCUGCUGUCUUCUCACGGGACAUACGAUUUGUGAAUCAUGAGACUUUGCGAGUGAUGUACCCCUACACUCCUCAGAAUGAUGAUGAGUUGGAACUUGUGCCAGGAGACUUUAUCUUCUCAUCUACCGUGGAACAAACGAGCACUAGUGAGGGCUGGGUGUGUGGUACAUCUCUGGGUACAGGCGUCUCUGGACUGCUGCCUGAGAACUAUGUCAGCCCUGCUGAUGAGUCUGACACAUGGGUCUUCCAUGGGUCGCAGUCCUUCUUUUGUACCUCUCCUCCAGAAAAGGGCUGCAAAGAGAGCAAGUCAUUGGAUGGGCUGCUCAACAUUCGUUGUUUGGAUAACUCAAAGCUGGGAGAUUCUGCUAUCUUGAGUGUAAUUUGCCAACCUAUGCAGGUGCUUCGGUCCAACAUCAUGUCUAGGCCUCCUAAAAGGACCCUGUUUGUAUGUCGGCAUGGAGAGAGAAUGGAUGUUGUGUUUGGAAAACACUGGUUCUCACAGUGUUCAGACUCUAAAGGCAGGUAUGUGAGGAGUAACCUGAAUAUGCCUGCUGAACUACCUGCCUGGGGUGGAGCACAGAAGGACUAUGAUAUGGAUGCUCCAAUCACAGUGGUUGGAUCUACACAGGCCAGGAUAGUGGGUGAGGCUCUGCUGGAAAGUAAUACCACUAUAGAUUUUGUGUACUGCUCACCCAGCCUCCGCUGUGUCCAGACAGCUCAUGAAAUCCUCAAAGGAAUGCAGCAGGAAGGAAGAAUCAGCAUCCGAGUGGAGCCUGGGCUUUUUGAGUGGACUAAAUGGGUCCCAGGAACAUAUUUGCCUGCUUGGAUACCUCCUACAGAUCUUGCUGCGGCCAAGCUUAAUGUAGAUACAACAUACAGACCUCACAUCCCCAUUAGCAAACUAACAGUCUCAGAGACGUACAACACAUACAUUAGUCGGAGUUACCAGGUGACCAAAGACAUUUUGGCUUACUGCAAAAAUAAAGGAAACAACAUUCUGUUUGUGGGACACGCUUCUUCAUUGGAGGCCUGCACUCGCCAGGUCCAGGGCCUCUCUCCACAGAAUCCUAAAGAUUUUGUGCAAGUAGUCCGAAAGAUUCCAUACUUGGGUCUCUGUGCCUGCGAGGAGCAGGGCGACACAGGAGUUUGGCAGUUGGUGGACCCCCCAAUUCUUCCUCUAACGCAUGGGCCCAACCACAGCUUCAGCUGGAGAGAGACCUUACAGCAAGAUUGACCAUAUCUGCAUGGUCUGUCCACAAAAGACUGUUACCUGCACUGGAAGCACACAACUGAACGUCUUUUUAAAUAGAUCUAGUCUGUACCAUUCAUAAGUUAUGUAAAUUAGAUAUUGAUUUGGGAUGUGGCAAAGGUUUUGUUUGCAGGUGGUGGACUGAGGAGACUGCACUGAUAAAUUAACAUUUGUGGUAGUGUUUAUUGAGCUUUUAAGCAGGCUUUCUCAGGGCACUGGCUAUCACUUUUAACAGGUAAAAAUGCACAGUGGCUUAAUGCAGCACUUACCGUGAAUAUGGCAUUGCUUUCUGCCAUGCAUACAUAUGAUGUACAUCUUUGCAAUGAGAAGUUUUAAGUACUUAAUCUACUUUAAACUCUGUCAUUACUCAGAAUUCUCUCUCAAACUUAACCUGAAUGCAUGAAAGAAAGUGUAAUAUCUGGUUUAGCAUUGCUGAAAGAAUAUCAAAUGCUUUUGUAAUAUUUUACAGAUAGUUGACAAUCAGGAGAACUGAUUAAAAUGGUAAAACCAUUUAUAAAACCAUAAAAAUGGUCUCAAAACCAAAUGAACAUUGGCAAAAAAUAAUAAAACUAGAAUAUGUGAAAAGUA